UGUGUACAAACGUGCAUAUAAGCGAUAGAACACGCAGGGCACCGUACACAUGCCGCUUUGAGUUCUGUGGGAGAGGAACUUCGCUUCAUUUUUGCUUCAUUUGAGCUGGAAGGAACCGCAUCCACAUUGCAAAUAUGCCGUUCAGCUACGUGAGAAAGAGUCUUUUUGCCGCUCAACCCUCGACGACACGAGGUUCUCCAUUUAUCCUCGGUGGGGAUCCAAAAGGCAAAAAAUUCCUGUAUGUGAACGAGAAAAAUGUCUUCAUCAGAGACAUUGAGAAUCCUGCAAUAUGCGACAUGUAUUGCGUGCCCGGAGAAUUUCUGACCGUAGCCAAGUAUGCUCCCAGUGGUAACUACAUAGCAUCUGCAGGUAUGUCGGGUAAGGUGAUGAUCUGGGAUAUCACCCAGGGUACUAUGAAGUACGAACUCCAACCAGUCUCUUACAAAAUCAACGAUAUUGCCUGGUUCAACAGCGAACAGAUUGUCGUGUGUGGUGAAGGAGGUGAUUCGACCUCUAAAUUAGUUCGUUGGGACGGUAGUGCCGUCAGUACGCUGGACCACAGCGGUCAACACUGCAACGCCGUAGACUGCAGGAAUCACCGUCCCUUUUGCGCUGUGAUUGCCUCGGAUGAUAUAUCAGCGGCUUUUUACAAAGGACGGUCCGUCAACUUUACAAAGCACCUCUCCCUCAAUAAAUAUCCUCGCAGAGGCGUGAAGGCGAUCAAGUUCUCACCUGACGGUGAAUACCUUGCUACCGGUGGCGGUAACGGACAUGCGUUGUUGCAUACUGGACAAGAAGGUGAACUGGUAGGUGAGCUGCCAGAUGUGGACGAUUUUGCAGCCCACAGAGGCCCUGUAUAUUCGGUGUACUUUAGUCCUGACAGUAAACGGCUCCUUACUGCAUCUGGCGACAGAACUGUCAAAAUGUGGGAUGUUGAAACACGGCAGCUUAUCACGACUUUUAAUAUGGGCACGGCAUAUGUAGACCAGCAGGUCGCUGUCCUGUGGCAAGAAGAUUACAUCUUGUCUCUUUCCUUGAGGAAUGACAUAUAUUACCUGGACAGGAACAACCCUGACACUCCACUGCGGAUUAUCAAGGGUCACAGCAAUAUCAUCAUCGUCGCGAUAGUCCUGUCUAGCGACGCCAACACCAUUUAUUCGGCUGGCGACAAACUUUUCAAGUCAUCAUUAUGUUUAUUUUAUUCCUUGGAUUAUUCCUUAACUGUCACACUCUACUGGGAUGCCGAGAGUGGUGAGUGUGACGUAGUUGCGCCGGGAACGGAGACCCUACUAAACGUGGCGACGGGCGUCACGGCCAUGAGCACCAACGGCAACACAGUAGCCUCCCUUAUGAAUGGCGAGAUUCGCUUCCUCAACACUGAAACGAAGACUUACACAGAUGAAAGGAUCGAACUUGACAACCAGGCAAAAUGCAUAACAGCCAAGGGAGAUUUGAUGGUGGUCGGCACAGUCGGAGAUAUUUGCAUGUUCAAGAAUAAAACCAAAGUUGACUCGAAGGUGAUCGGCUACAUUGCCAAUGCGGCCCACUUGAGUCCCAUGGACUUUUUGGCUGUGGGCGGAAGCGACAGCAAGGUGCACAUUUUUGACGUUUCAAGGGACACAUUGACGGAACUACAUCAGCUUCCUGCUUCAGGAAACGUCGGCGCGGUGCAGUUUUCUAGCAACGGGACGCGCCUGGCCUGCGGUGAUGAAAGCGGGCAAAUCCUGGUCUGGACAGUCAGUAGAUUUGGUGAUCGGUCGAUUCUUCUUCAAGUGGUACGGAAUUCCUGGUCUGGCCACGAUAGAAUCCUGUCGCUCAGUUGGAAUCCUGAGGGCAAGCGCAUUGCCACGGGAGAUUCGACAGGCGACAUCGGCAUCUGGGAUGUAGACAACCUUCAAGAAGGCAACCUGAUCUUGGAGGCCCAUCCAUUUUCUCCAGUCACUGCGGUUGCAUGGCGAGACAACACCACCGUCGUGUCUGCGGGACACGACAAUUGUAUCAAGCAAUGGACGGUCUAGAAGACAUGGAGUCAAAGGUCAUUCUCAAAAAUCCAUUGGGCAACAAACUAGCCAUUUUUUGCAAAUGGAAGGAUUUGUUGAUUGCUGUUAUUUUUGUCCCUUAGCGAAUAUAUAAAACCAACGAAAAAGCAUAAACAGUUAGUCUAAGGAUAAAAAAUGGUUUUGCAUAUUUUUGAGAAACACUUGUGUAAUACAGCACAAGAAUUAUGUUUAAAUAUUUUACUCCACAAGGAUUGGUGCAAGAAUUAGGCAAGCAUUAAUCAACAUGAUUGGUAAAAAAAAACCGGAAAAUAUUACUGCUUUUUGGGGGUACUUUUUUAAACAUGUUUAAAAUCUUUACAUAGUGCAGGAGUAAAAUUUGACACUACAGAAGCUAUGUCAAGUUUACCCCCAUAACGACCAUGUUCUAUUCUUACUGCGGAGUACAAUUUUACCAAAUAUUGCCUAUUUUUUAUAAUAUAUUAGUGUGCAAGGAGUCCAUCGGUGGAAGUGGCAUUAAGCGCACGCGUUCCACCGGCAAACAAGCGCAGCUAAGCCACUUUCAUCAAUACCAAUGCUUUUAGGAAAAAAAAAUAUACAGACCAUAAAAGCAAGUUCGUGCGCAAACAAUCGUUGACCAUAUUUCAACUAACUUCAUUCGAACAAAGGCUGGUUCCAAUGCUGGUUACCCAUAGCUGAGCACAUGGCAGUUCACAACAGGGAACCAGGACCAAAAGGUUUCAUGGUGAUGUUUUGGCCAUCGUUUGACUAGAAGCCGCCUCUCAUAAGAAGUGCACGCAGCAAAAUCUUAAGUUCCUGCUGAUUUUGUUGAAUUAGUUUAUGAUUCUCUAUAUGUUAGAAAUGUUAGAAAGAGAGAUUAUAAUAGUAUGCCACAAAGAUACUUUAAAGAUACGCCUAAAAAUUGGGCUUUUGGGGGCACCUUAUGAUACCUUUAAUGCAUUAAAUACUACGGAGUUAUAUGUGUAUGUCAAUCUUUUUCCAGAAUAUCGAAUCUUAAGUAAGUUCUUACCUGAGGCAAACGAUUUGAAAACCUUCAGGGUUCUAUGCGCAAACAGUAGGCGGCGCUUUUUGAUCAACUUUGAAAGUUUCAGUGGAGGGACACAAUUUGUGCACGUAUGUCUUCGUACUCUUUUAUGUUAAGUAGGCCUAUGCUAUUUUUUUUCAAAUUGGGAAGAUUGAAGCUUUGAUUUUAGCUUCUUUAGAGCUUUGUUAUAUAGUUAGACGAUAGACUUUUAGUUAUCUUGAAUGAAAUUGCAGGGUUGUGGAAAACACUAAAGAUAUACGAUUUUUAAAAAAUUAUGCUCCUUUUUCAGCUUUGAUUUUGGUUGCUGUCAUAGUUCCGACAGAUGUUUAUUUCUUUGUUAUCUUGAUAAUAGUAAAAAAUGCUGUAUUUUUAAUUGGUGUUCAUCAGUUCAUUAUUCCCAAUUAUAUAAUAUAUUAUACCAAGGGUGAUAGUAGUGAUAUAUACUUUAAAUAUUUUGAGGUUAUGGACAAAAGUGAAACGGUAAAAAGAAUGGGCGUUAUUAAAGAUAGUUUGACGUGUUUUCAAAGGGAUUUUUACGUGACUUCCCUGUUUACUGGGAUGCGACAAGUUUGCAUUACAAAUUGAAGACUGCUUUUAAGCAAAAGGUUUACUGGCAUCUAUUCUUUUUAUACAAAUGCAGUUUUACUUAUCAUGAGACUACAUAUUCAUGUCAGCCAUGUUACAUAUAUAGAGCUACCAAAUACGGCUAACAGCGUUUUGCCAUCCAAAUGGAUAACCGGCUUAAUUGUAUUGCCCUUGCAUCUGAUUGGUACUAGGUUUCUCUUUGUAUUUGUUUUUUUGUGGGAGAUUUGAAUUUGGUUAGCAAGUUUAACGCAAUAUGCAGUGUAGGAGCUCCGUGAAGUUUUCUCGUAUCUUUUUGAAGUUGUUCAGUUUCACAUUUUAAUGGUGUUUACUAUAGGUACAGAAGGGAUAAAACAAUAUUAAACUUAAACUGGCUUAUAGUUGUGAAGCAAGUA